AGAGCCAAAGCCAACACACAAAAUAUAAGUGCAGACCGACCCUGAGGUGUGGGUUGUCUGGUGCACAGGCAAUUCUAGAGAUUUGAUCCGCCAGGCGGCCAAACUGGCAACUGCCGGCAGACUCGGGGAGCGGACACGGGAAAGGAGACGAAGACGGUGACGGAGUCAGAGUCGGAGUCGGCCCACAAGGAGAGAGCAGAGCAGAGCAGGCACCAUGUCUGUGGACUUUAUACUGCCCAAUCGGAACAAGAUACAAACGAUUGCCUACGCGAGUGCCAGCAGAAAGUAUGCCGCUGCGGCAUCCCCUGCCUCGACCGGAUCCGGAAGCAACAGCAACGGCAGCAGCAGCAGCAGCAGCAGCAGCGAGCUGCAGAGCUGGCGGCGACCGAAGCCGAGAAACGGCAGCAAACUGAGGCUGGAGGACAGGUCCUCCUCCUCGGUGCUGCGCAAUGCCAAUGGGAAUGGAAAUGGAAGUGGAAACGGGAGCAAGUCCUCGCUCAAGUCGCUGGCCAAACGCUCCUCCAGAUCCCUGCUGAAGCGUGAGGUAAUCGAGCUGGAAGACGAGGAUGAUCGGAAGGAGGGAACUGGCGGCGAGGAGCAGCUAUGCGAGCACUUGGAAUGGUCCGCCGCCCAGUCCCUGGUGCAGAUGACCUCCUCCAAGCAGGAGAAGCAGCGUCGCCUGGGAGGGGGCACAUCGGGAGGUGCUAGCGGCACCACAGGAACCACAGCGGCAGCCACAGUCUCCGCCUCAGUAUCGGUGCGCCGUCCAGUGGCCGCCGGGCGGGCCCCGGCCGAGGACGGAAAGGUGAUCUUCUAUGCACCGCCAGCCAGUGCUUGUGGUGCUGCGCGCCAGCCGGAGCCAAUGUCCGUGAAGCGCCAGCGCGAGCAACAAGUUGCGGCGAAUGCCUCCGCAGCGGCCACGGCCGCUAUUAUUUACCGCGGACGCAGCGCUGAGGAGACGGAGGCCGCCCACGAUCUGCUGUCGCUGUCCCAGAGCCUGCCGCCGCUCAUUCCGCCCUGCGUGGUGACCAUCAUGAAGCAGGAGCAGGAGCACCACAAGUCGUCGGCGGAGCACUUGCCAAUUAUGCAGGAGAUCUCGAACGCUUCCAACAAGUCGCUGGCCACAUCGUCGCAGUCGAACAUCCGAUUCAUCGGCAGCAGUUCCUACGACAUGAUGAACGGAGCGCCCGAAGCAUCGAACAGCUGCUCGCCACUGACGCCGCCCAACUCCGAUCACAGCUCGGAUGUGGACAUCGACAUGUCUUCCUCGUCCGAAUCCGGCCAGAUGCACUGGGGCAAGCAGCCGCACCAGGCGCCACAGCAGCAGCGGGCCUCGGCCCUGAAGAUGUGCCUCAACAUGUUGGACGGGCGCACGAAGGCCAGCAAGGCAGCGGCCGGCAAGGACCGGGAGCAGCUGCACCAGCGUCCAAAGAGCUCCAGCAGCUCCAAUGCAUCGGGCGGCGCAGUAAGCAGUGUCGCAGGCGGACGUGCAGCCACUCUUGCCGAUGUGGCAGCAGCAGCUGGAGUUGUAUCCAGUGGCAACGGGGAGAAUUAUGCCAAGCGCAAGCGCGGAUGCUACAAGUGCUCCGAGUGCGGCAAGCAGUACGCCACCUCCAGCAACCUGUCGCGCCACAAGCAGACGCACCGCUCCCUGGACUCACAGUCGGCCAAGAAGUGCAAUACCUGCGGCAAGGCAUACGUGUCCAUGCCGGCCCUGGCCAUGCACCUACUAACGCACAAACUCUCGCACAGCUGCGACAUAUGCGGCAAGCUCUUCUCGCGCCCCUGGCUGCUCCAGGGCCAUCUGCGCUCCCACACCGGCGAGAAGCCCUAUGCCUGUGUCCAUUGCGGCAAGGCCUUCGCGGACCGCUCCAAUCUCCGCGCCCACAUGCAGACGCACUCUGGCGACAAGAACUUCAAGUGUCACCGCUGCAACAAGACCUUCGCGCUCAAGUCGUAUCUGAACAAGCACCUGGAGUCGGCCUGCCUCCGGGAUGCGGGAGCCAUAGGGCAGGGCAAGGGCGAUGACUAUGACUGCGAUCUGGACGACGAGGACGAGAUGAUGGGCAAGCACGAUCAGGACGAGUUCGACGGCGAUGAGAUGGACAGUGAUGAGACUAGUCAGGAUAUUGAGGUGGCUUAGGCGGCCGUCGGCAAUGCGAUGGAUACUGAUGAGACUAGUUGGGAUAUUGUGGUGGACUGAGGCAGCAGCCGAGGUUGGCCACAAGACUCCUCGUUUACCUUAAUAUUAGAUACUUUAUACCAGAACCCUAUAAGCAAUAUUCGAGCACCCUUAUCAAAUUAAAAACGAUAAAAACCAAA